CAUGCAGGCUGCACGACACGCCAUCUCGCGGUAAAUCGCUCAGCCAUAACAGCUGAGUCCUACGACCGAGGCGCUUGGCGACCGGCUUGUUUAGCUGUUUAAUCGGUAUACUGAACUCAUUCACAACGGCUGUAUGGCAAUAAGCCGUGCGCCCACGAGUUAAAAAAAAAAAACAAAACGCUCUUUCCCGAAAGCGAAUUCCUUUUUCGGAUUAUUGAAAUCGGCGGUAAAAUUAUUGGUCAUGUCAAUCCUUUUGUGUCAAAUAUUGUGAAUUAUUAUGUGUCUAUGUAAAUCGCGAGUAUUGUUAAACAUUUAUAUAAAUUAAAACUAUUAUAUCUGUAUUUAUAGCACCGUGAUUGUCUUCCAUUUAGUGUUUAUUUAAAUAUUGAAGCUACAAUGGAGAAAAGCGGUGGCUCCAGACUCCUUCAAAUGCAGGCGCGCUUCCAGCAGAAACAACUCCAGGAACGUGAACUGAAAAUCGCAUCGCUCUACGAAGCACAACAGGCUCGGGCGCUCGACCGUGUAAGGCAUUCGCCGAGCAAUGGCGUGGGGGCCAGCCCACCAGCACAGCAAAUCACGCACCAGCCGGGAAAGGUACGACAAAUGUUCGAAGAGAGGCGUACAAAAGGAAUCGACAAGAGUUAUCCUCUGCAACCGAUACAGAACACAGAACGCACUCCUCCUCGCAAGACCUUGCCCAAUGGUUACACGAAAGUAUCAAAUACAUCUAAAACCACAAUUGAAAAGAAAACUUCAAGUACCAAGACUAUCAGCUCUCAUUCCAUUAAGAAACAAAAUGGAACAGUUCAGGUACAAAAACUAGACAACAUGGUCAACGGAUCCGGCGAUCUUAAUCACAAUCACGAAAUCGAUUUGAACACGGCGAAACGAGUGCCACCCAGCAACGGUGAUAUCACACCAGCAGGAGAUGAAACGGAUCAUGUCAAUAACGAAAUCAACUAUUUACUUGAAAACGAAACGUUCCCGGAAGCACUCGCACCAACUCCCACGCCGAGGUCUCCUGAUCCAGUCGUAGCGAAGAGACCGCAACGAAUAAGUCCAGUUACGAGGCCCAAAAGUCCAGUGAAAAGUAAACCUCAACCAACAGCUGCUAUUCCUCCACGAAAAGUCGUCAGUGAAAACAAGGUGUCGGAGCGAGAGAACAAUAAGCCAAAAGGAGUCAUGCAAAGGGGACCGAGCUCUGUACUUAAGAAAAAUCCUGUCACGAGUCCUCAAACAAGCGCUACAAACAAGACUCGUCUCAGUACGGCUUCAAACAACACGGGCGAAGGAGGUUGCUCUAUAUGCGGAAGACACUUCGCCCCGGAUCGACUUCCGAAGCAUCAGGAGAUUUGUAGGAAAACACAUUCCAAGAAACGGAAGCCGUUCGACGUCCUCAAGCAUCGUCUGGCGGGAACAGAGGCUGAACCGUUCAUCUCGAAGUUGCGCAAGAGCACGACCAACCCUUCAACAACCAAAGUGCAGAAGUCCACGAACAGCAAUUGGCGACAGAAGCACGAAGAGUUCAUUCAGGCGAUACGCGCCGCCAAGCAGGUGCAGGCGCACAUCAAUGCUGGAGGUAAGCUGAGCGACCUGCCCCCUCCCCCGCCCUCCGAGAACCCCGACUACGUGCAGUGUCCGCACUGCAAGCGACGCUUCAGCCCCGGGGCCGCCGACAGACACAUCCCCAAGUGCGCCACCUACCAGUUCAACAAGCCCAAGCAGCCUCCAAGGAGACGGUAAACCCCACGCCAGAGAACAGCGAUAACUUGGAAAAUAAAAAUCAAGUCUCAAUUGCGAAGACCCCGACGGAUUAUUUGGAGAAAACUUUGAGUAUCCGAUUGUACUUUGAUAAUUUAAUAUGAUAUUGCCAAUCUUUACGAUGUGACAAAUUCUUUAAAGGUCCAUGUACUAAUAUCGAUUAGGUACUUGAUACUAACAAUUUGAAAACAUUCCUCUGACUAUUUCUCAACUAUGAAUAAAGCACGAAAUUGUUUAAAUUUAAAAUUUUCCGCGGAUUAUCAUUUCGACGCCUUUUUACAAAUUAUCCUUAUAUGCGCGCUGUUUUAUUUGAUCAGAUGCUUCUACGAGUUAUUUAGACCAAAUCUUGAGUGUUAAAAUGGAAACGAAAUGGAUAAGCGUGAACCAUGAGAACUUGUUGGUCCGUUUGUGUCUGGUCGCUCUGGUCUCAUACACGAUUUAUUCGGUGAUCAGUUUUGUUCACGAACACGCAUGUAUUCGUCACGGUUUAACGGAUGCGCAAUUUAUUGAAAAUUACGAUGAAUUCUUUCCACCGCCCUUUUUUAAUGAAUACUUGUAAUUUCAACCGUAUUUUAAAUAUAUAUUACUAAUUGUAAUAAUCAAUUUAUACAGCGUGAUCAAUAAAGCUUAUUUCUUCUUUAGGUACCAAUAAUAUGAACAAUAUUUAAACUUAGAUGUAAGCAAACAUUCCUAAAAUCAUGACGUGAUCGUUACAAUAUAAUAAUUGAUAACGUAAUAAAAUUCUUUUUGUAUUAAUAUUUGUACAAAUACGCUUUUAAAAUGUUAACAGACCAUAUAAUCUUACUGGAUUUUUAAAAUAUACUGAUUA